CCCUUUUUCUCUUUUUUCUCUCUGUCUUUAAAAAAAAAAAAAAAACCUGAACAGUGCAGUAGGAGCAGAUGGACCAGGUAUCCAACCGGUCAGGAGUAGGCAGUGAUGACAUUACAGAUGAGACCACAUCCCUGGUAGAUGUCAGGUGGAGCUCUGAUGAAGAAGAGAGCUCUGAUCCUCAGGGACAGUGUCUCGCAGCUCCCCAAACUCCUCUGCCAACCUACAAACAGAAGUUUGACGAGUUUAAGAAGUUGUUCAAAGAGCUGCCGGAGUCAGAGAGGCUCAUAGUGGACUACCCGUGUGCCCUCCAGCGGGACAUCCUCCUCCAGGGACGCCUCUACCUGUCAGAGAACUGGCUCUGUUUCUACAGUAAUGUGUUUCGGGGUACCAAGAUUUCACUGACUCUGAAAGACAUCAUGAAUGUGAGCAGAGAGAAAACAGCUCGGCUUAUUCCCAAUGCUAUCCAGAUCUCCUUGAGCACAGAGAAGUUCUUCUUCACCUCCUUCUCUGCAAGAGAGAAAAGUUACCAAAGUGUUUUUCGCAUGUGGCAAAACAAACUGAAGAACAAGCAUCUGACGUGCUUGGAGUUUUGGCAGAUGGUUAAGCAGCAUUAUGGACAUGACCUGGGCCUGAGCCAUGAGGAGAUGGAGGGUUUACAGAUAUCAGCAGAAUCAAGCAUGCAGACCAGCCUGACUGUAAGGCCUGGCGGUGAUGAUGGUCUAGGGAAGCUGGAGCGGACCCCCUCCCUUCGCCUUCCUGUGGUGGAGCAUGGGCCUUUAGAGGCCUCCACGCCUCAAGGGGAAGACCUGCCCUCCCCUGUCAGCUCACAGAGCUCAACCAAUGCGGAUGACUCUCGCAACACUCCGUCUCAGCGGCGGAGCCCUGCCCCCUCUCUGGACCGACUCGCACCAGAACGGGUCUCCAAACGCUCCUCGCUUUCCCUUGACCUCAACGCCAACGAGAAUGGCGUUUCUGAACAGAGUGGAUCAGAGAGCAUCGAAGAAGUGGAGGAACGGGUAGGCCAGUCGCAGGUGCAGGGUCGACUCUAUCUAAACAAGGUCUUCCACAUCAGCGCCAACAAAAUGUUCGAGCUACUCUUCACUGACUCCAGCUUCAUCCGCAGGUUUAUGAACGUCAGGAAGAUAACCAAUGCCAGCUUUACUGCUUGGCAAAAAGACAACUCAGGAAACAUGAAGCGGAGUCUGAACUACACAAUAACCAUCAGCAACCCUCUGAUUGGCAAGUUCUCCACCGCUACAGAGAACCAGACGCUGUACAAAGAAUCCAGGGACGGCCAGUAUUACCUCGUGGACUCUGAGGUGUACACUCAUGACGUUCCCUAUCACGAUUACUUCUACACUCAAAACAGAUACUACAUCAUAAGAAACUCGAAGCGGAAGUGUCGACUAAGGGUCUACACUGAUGUGAAGUACAAGAAGCAGCCAUGGGGCCUGGUCAAGUCCUUUAUCACUAAAAACUCCUGGAGCGGCAUAGAAGAUUAUUUCAGACAGUUGGAAGCAGAACUGCUGGAGGAGGAAGCAGAGAUGAACCAAGGAGGCGGCGAUUCUGGGAAGAUUGGUGGCCUUCGGAGGAGGAGGCGCACUUACAGCCGGACUCUGCAAGAGCACAUGAAGCCUAGCAAGCAAUAUGGACAAGACCAAGACCAGCACAGAGAUGGCAACAUGGGCCCCAUAGAAAUAAAAGGCCCGUAUAGAUGGAACACCACCACAAUAGUAGCCGGGAUGAGUCUGAUUUUGCUGAUUCUGACGGUGCUGAAUCUUGGCCUGUUUUUCAAGUUGUGGGCGAUGGAGGAUGUAGCCCACCGCAUGUAUCUGAGCACAAAGCACCGGCUGAGAGAGAGGAGCGAGGCCAGCUUGGCCCCUGAAUAUGGUCCCAGACAGGGACCUGGUUACAGGUCCAGAGAGGAGAUGCACCUACUAAAAACCGUACUGCAGGACUCCAUCAACCUUUUAGAACAGCUCCGCAGCUCUCUCGUGGUGCUACAGCAAAACUUCGCCAUGGCCAAUCGAACAGCAGCGCCGCAGUGAUGCUCCACACCUGGUGACUACAGAGCGCCUAUCCACAGCCCUGUAGAGGAAAGAAAGAACUGCAACACUGAACUGCCUCUGAGGAAAUCUCUGGUAUCCAGUGAUGUUGCUAUGUAGAUGUCCCUAGACCCACCCCACCCCCCGCCAUGCCAUGUGUUGCCAGGGGUUACACGUCCCAAAGCCUGUGGUGGGGCAUCAGGUGCCAGGGUGUUUUUAAAGCUGCGGAGUGACUGCUGGGAGGACAAACUAACCCUAGCCCUUACAUCAGUCAGCUGCAGAUGGAACAGUGGGUUUAGGUUUCUGCAGGGUGCUACUGUCAGCUCCAAUGGCUGCUUCUUUUUCAGUCUUUUCUUAAACAGUGGCAUUGGAUUUCAGAAAACUUUCCUGAUGUGCCUUAGUACAUUCUCAUGAACCCCAUGCCACAUCAAAUGAAAUACUGUAAAUACUCUUACCUCUGUUUUAUCUUCGGGAAGUGAAUCAAUAUCAUUUAACAAAUUUUCUCUAUUUAAAAUCUGCACAUAUUUUAAUUUUUGCACAAGUGCCUUGUAGAUUAGGCUGUUUUAAUUGUCUUUUUAGAUUUUUUUCCAAAUAAAAAUUGUAGAAUCAAUAAUUCAGAUUGAAAAGUUUUUCCUGUCUUUGUAAUCAUGAUUAAACAUUUCUUCUGUAAAUGAACUGCAGGAACAGCUCCAGCUUUAAAUGUACAUUAAACUUAAAGUAGAAAAUUACCAUCCUUUGAAUAAUUUAUAUUACUUAUAAUACUGUAUAUGAGCCAAAUCUGGUGUACAGAAAAUACUGCUGAUAGUGUACCAUGUAUUUAAUACAUAUUUUUAAUUAACUUAAUAGCUCUAUAGAUUUAAAAGGAGUGCUAUGUAAACUAAGAGGUUCAGACAGUGGUAACGUGCCUGAUUUAUCCCUGUCUUCUGUACAUAAGUAAUCACACUUAUUUUCCUUUUUCCUGUUUCUGUUCUGCAUAUGUAGGGUCAGUGGGAUUAUCUCUGCUUAUCUCAGUACUGUGCAUUCACUCUGUCAACACCAGAUACACAUUUGUUCUGUGAUUUCCAAAUUGACAUGAACACUAGUCUUUAUAUUUUUCUUUCUUCUUAAUUACUUAUUGGUGACACAGAACUACAAUUUCCUUGAGCCUUGUUUGAUGUUUACAGUGUUGCCAUCACUCUUAUCUGUGUGAAUAAUUCUGUGCAACAUUUCUUACUUAAAACCACUUCUUUAAGCCACCACUUGUUUACAUUUGGUUGCUUUUUUGUACAUUUUAGCUAUACUGCAAUGUACUGUUGUAAUAAACAAGAUUUCUUGUCAGAAUA